AUGAUAUGGAAGUUUUACCCAAAGUUAUCCUCAAAUAAUGUUUCCGGCGUACUCAGUGCAGAUGACUCGGACGAACGUACCGCGCAAGGAAUUGGCGACACAUCGCAGAUGGAAAUAUCUAAUGCCUUUUUCCGUAGGGUCAUCCAAACGAAACAAAGAAUUUUUCGCGUCAGUGCUAGCAUUUUCCUCGCAGACACGCCAUUCCCGAAUUAUUGCCGCAAACAUACCGACAGCCAAACACCAGUUCCUCCAAUAUUGUCCGACAGCAACUGGGUGAAGUCUCCCGGGUUGAGUCGACCUCCAGACGAUCGCCUAACUGUAAGCUCAUCUGACAGUGGUGUGUUUCAACACAUUCAAUGUGUUGAGAUACCUCGGAUGUUGUGUCACCUGGAUUGUGAGGUAAAUAUUUUGGACAAUGUCGAUUCGAAGAGAGAGAGUGAUACAGCAGAGCGAGAAUGUUGCCCCGGACAUCAGGAUAGUAAAAUGUGCCACUUCGAGUUUGCACCGUGUCCAUUGUACGGAAUCGAAAGCGUGCAUACAAAUAACCAGCUGAUGUGGUGGUUGGGUUUAGGGUGA